AUGAGGAGGGCAAGAGGAAGCGGAGGCCGUUUUCUGAACACAAAGAAUAAUGAUGGUACAGCCGCUAACCCCACAGCCAACAACAACACAACCAGUUCUGGUGCAACUACUAAAGCGGAUCAAAUCAACUCGUCGAGCACCGAGCCCGUCUGGUCUGAUUCCUACACUGAUCUUCGUGAACCAACUGACCGCCACAUGCAGGGAAUCCACCAAAACAAGACAUACUCCAACGUCAAUAGUGGCAACAGCUGCUACCUAAACAAUCAGGGAUUUCAGUUAUCCGCAUACCAUUCGCUCUUGGGUGAUCGUAGGGCGGAGGAAGGAGAACUCUCAGGGAACCACCGUGACCGAAUUAUCACUAACGGGACUCACAGGGCCCUUACCAUCAAAUAG